GUGCAAGUCGCGACAUGAGAUCCCGCGAUCCUUGUUUGUUUUAGAUAAAUUCAAAAUGGUACGUGGAUCGUGCUAAGUUGAAUAGCAAAUGUGAUUUGUUUUGUGCCGUGUAAUUCCAUCGGACUGAACAAAGAACGACUAACGCGACACACUGAUUUUUCAGCUCGUACGAAAGAUCAAACAUUUGAUCUCCAUUAACGUUCUUACGGGUAAAUAUUUUGUUGUCAUUGGCUGUGUUGAAAAUGGACACCAUAGUUUCAUAUUCGAUAUUGCUUCAACACAUAUGCAUUUAUAAAAGAUAACGGGAUUAUUCAUUCUUCAAAAUGACAGCAGUUGUGAGAAAAAGUCGACAUUCUUCAUCGCAACUGCCGGAAUAUGCUGUGCCAAAAGAUUUAAUAGCAGUGUUGGAUGGAAAAGAUUCCUCAGAUUUUUCCAAAAGAGCUCAAAUGUAUUCAAAAAUUUUAAGGUUUAUCAAAAGUGCUGAUUACAUAGAUAUGGCAGAAAGUCAUUACAUACAAUUACUCAAGUUAGCUGUAUAUAUUGAGGAAUACCAAAGUAACAGAGAAAUGAAGAAGCAUGAAAUGACCAAACAGAUUAUUAAUCGUAUAAAUUCCAAUGAUCUUAAUGAAGUAUUAUUCAGAAUUGAUGUUGAUGAUCUUGAUGAAGAGAAAGCGUGGAUAAGACCAAGUGAUUUUGUUGAUGUGACGGACAUAUCAAAUGAUGCAACUUAUACUCUCAAAGUUAUAAACGUAGCUCAAUCAGAAAUAAUAACUACUGAUGAAUCUGGCAGAUUGCGUAAAAUGUACAAUAGGAAAAAUCUCUAUGAUAUAAAGUUUCGAUUACAGAAUUAUUCUUUACGAUGUAACCAUUAUGCAUUAUGGAUUGCACAUAAAUCUAAAUUAACAAACUAUCUUUAUCCUUAUAAGAGUAAACCGUUCAUCAAAACACAAAAUACUGAUUACAAGGAGUUGGAAAUGUGGCACAACACAGCUAUUGAAAUGAACCCAGAACAAAAGCAGGCUGUAUUGAAUAUUCUAAAUAAAUCAGCUUUCCCUGCUCCAUACAUUUUGUAUGGACCACCUGGCACAGGAAAGACUGCAACUCUAGUUGAAGCAAUUUGUCAAAUACACAAUGAAUCUCAAAACAACCGUGUCCUUGUGUGCACACCUUCAAAUACUGCUGCUGAUGAAAUUGCAAGAAGAUUAAUGCAAUUUAUGGAAGUAAGAUAUCUCUACCGUAUUUAUGGUCAAUCCAGAGAUAAAGGAACAAUUGAUGAAGAAUUAAAAUCAUGUAGUAACUGUCAAGGAAGCAGCACAGAACCAGUAAAAUAUGAAGAUAUUUUAGGGAAAAGGGUAUUUGUUACAACAUUAGGUACUGCUGCAAGAUUAGUCCUUAUGAGGUUGAGUGUAUAUUAUUUUUCUCACAUUAUUAUUGAUGAAGCUGGCCAGGGUACUGAACCUGACAUCUUACUUCCCAUUAUCAUUGCAAGUAAAGAUGGAGAACUUAAUAGUCAAGUAGUUUUAGCAGGUGAUCCUAAGCAGUUAGGGCCUACUGUGAUUUCAAAAAUUGCUGAAACUAUCAUUGGAAGAUCUAUUUUGGAAAGACUUAUGUCUUAUGACACAUAUCAGAAAGGCUCAAACAAUAAAUAUAACCCAAGAUACAUCACAAAACUACUUUACAACUAUCGCAGUGAUCCAAAGAUCAUACAAGUCUCCAAUGAAUUAUUUUAUGAAAAUGAACUCAUUCCUAAAUUUCAAAAGAAAUAUCAUCAUCGCCAUUUUCCGGUUUUAUUUUAUGGUGUAGAAGGUACAGAAGAAAAGUCUAAUUAUUCUACUAGUACUUGGAACUCUGCGGAAAUACACGUAGUUGAACAAUAUGUGGAAGAUUUGCUUCAAGGCCGCGCAGGAUUGGGUAAUGUGUCACCUAAAGACAUCGGGAUCAUCACACCUUUUACUUUACAAAGUAAGAGGAUCAAGAGAUCACUGAGGGGCAUGGGAUUAAAAGAUAUCAGUGUUGGAACAGUAGAACUAUUUCAAGGACAAGAAAAGAAAAUUAUGAUUAUGACUGCUGUCAGAAGCAAGACAUUCUUCCACGAGGGCAAAGAGCAUAUUGGAUUUUUAUCAAAUCCAAAAAGAUUUAAUGUUGCUCUGACAAGAGCGAAGAACCUUCUCAUUGUCAUAGGAAAUCCCAAGGUUUUGCAGCAAAAUUAUAUGUGGCGUUACCUUGUUGAAUAUUGUAUACAAAACAAGUCUUAUUUUGGAUCGCCAUUUUCUCUAGAAUCUUCUAACUACAGGAAAAAUAUCUCGGGAACAGAGAAAAUAGUGGAUUCCAAGAAAUUGUUUCAAGAGACUCCUUUCCAGCUAUUUAUGCUAGACGAACGCGACACUAUAACUGAUUUGCAGAAAACUAUGGAGAUACUUACUGAUUUUAAGUAAUAAAAUUUUCGCUAAGGACGAUUAUAAAUAGAUCUGAUUAUUUAAUUUAAUUAAUUGCACUAUAAUCGUCUGUUAUUAGUUUAUAAAAUAAAAAUGUGAAAUUAAUGUAAUGAUACAAUGGCAAGAAGGAAAUUUCUACAAAGAUGCAGAUACAGUGAAUGUAAAACGAUUAUCAUUCCGACAUUUUGAGCAUAUAACAUCGCUAUAGCACUUAUUAUUACUCUCAUUAGUCUUUGACAAUUGAUAAUUAUUAUUCUUUUUUAAUUACUUUUGUUAGCAAUAGACCCUAAAAUGGAUUUAAAAAAUAUUAUAUAAAUAAUAAUUUUUUCAGAUUUAUACAUACCAAAACUCUUAUCACGAAUAAACUAUUGUAUU